AUGGCUAGCAGUGCUUCGAAAGAGCAAGAUGGUAUAUUUGUUGGGAAGCUGAUUGACUUCAGACCAAAGGGUAACAUUUCCCACGUCGUUUCAAGCAAUGGACAAGUGCUUUUAGCGACAAAUGCUCGAGAUAUUCUACAUAUAUCGGUUCAGAAUCUAAUGGCUUAUGCUUCAGAUAUCGCCUUACCUCUUUCAACCCAUGACCGAAUAGCUUAUGUACAUAUCGACGUAGCUGGAUAUCAUGCAAUUUUGAGUUCCACUAGUGGGGAGAAUUUUUAUGUCAAUUUGAAAAAUGAUCAGCAGAAGCCCUUCAAGCGGGCAAAGGGACAUGUUAUCACUGCGAUUGGCUGGAAUUCAUCUUUGGGCACUGAAUCAGAGACGGCUUUUAUCGCACUUGGAACAACUAAAGGUAGUUUGUAUGAAACUUCUAUUCAAUCUGGUGGGAGCGUUUUAUACAUGAAGGAGCUCAGCCAAUGUUUAACAGGUGUAAAAGAAUUGCCAAUCACAAAUGUAGAGUUGUUUCAGUGUGAUGACUCUAGAUGGGCGCUAUGUAUCUGCUUCCCAGGAAGAUUAUAUUGUUUAACAGCAGUCUUGAAUAAAAGUGAGCACUCAUAUUUCCAACCGGUCGUUGGCACUGUGUGGACUUCAGCUUUUGUCGAACAGUUCACUCCUACGCUUCAACCUUUCUUCUCGUGUGAAGAUCGAGUUUAUAAGCAAGUUUUUCUGAACUACUUUUUCACAUUUUCUGAUUUAACAAACGUAGUUGAAGAUAAAAUUCGUUUCCAUUGUAUGGACGACACUCAACGGACUCUGCCUAGUGGUUUUGCUAUCCACCCGAAGACAGUGAAUGGUACUCCACCAACUCAGUACUGCUGGUUGGGUGCACAUGGAUUUACAAUUGGAAAGAUCAAUAUAACCGCACAGGAUGGCUAUAGCAUGAUUAUAGAAGGGCCGCAUGUACAACAUCGAUUGGUUAACGGACGCUAUGACAACCCAUUGGAUAUUGCGGUGACAGAGUAUCACGUAUUGUUAUUAUACAGCGACCGCCUUGAAGCAGUAUCUCUGCUGAAUCAAAAAUGCGUUUAUGAGGAGCCUGUUGGGAUGCAUACUAGCCAAGUAAAGGGUAUGUUCCGAGAUCCGAUUACGGAAAUGAUUUGGGUGUACACUGACUCAUCAGUUUCGCGAUACCAGCCGAAUGAGGAAAACAGGAACGUUUGGGCAAUCUAUCUCGAACAAGGUGACUUCAAAAAGGCAAAAAAAAUUACUAGCCAACUUAAAGAUAAAGACCCUCAUCAACUCGUACUGAAGAAAGAGGCAGACAAACUUAUUGCUCAAAACAAUGACGCUAAAUAUAUACUAGUGACCAUUUACGUUGGUGCUGCUGAACUAUUAGCAGAGUCAACCGAGCCAUUCGAAAUAGCCGUAUCACGAUUUCUUUCCUCAGUUGACGACCGAAGAGAUGGUUUGAAACGGUUUUUAGAACUUCAGUUCGAAAAAUUGGCAGGAGAUGAUUCAAAGGUGAUAAGUCUUAUCUGAUG